AUGAUCCCCUCUACUCUUCCUACUGAAAUCCCUAAUGUGUCCGUGUUGGCAACGGAGCCCUUAACAAAUGAGUUGCAGCCUGUUCGUCAUAAGGUAAAACAUGCUUGUGGUAGUUGUAAAGAGAGGAAGGUUCGCUGUGAUGGCCAGUGUCCCUGUAAAAGUUGCGUGAAGUUUGGCGUUAAGUGCGAGUACGUGUCUAACAACCGAUCGAAGAAGCGGUCUAAUAAGGAUACCCUGCAGCCCAUUAAAGUUGUUUCUCCUGUAAAGACGAAGAAAACAAAACUUAAUAAUAAUACUCGUAAAGAAAAGGUUGAUUUUAAAGGAGUUCUUCAAAAAUUAUACCCUCAGGUUGAUUUUUCUUCAGAUUCUUUGACUACAGAUUCUCUUAUAGCUCUGUUGAAGUCAAGAAAUAACCCGAAUAUUCCAUCUGUUCCUUCUAACUUUGAUCGUCCAUUAAUUUUACCUCCAAAACAGAUUGCGUUAAAUCUUAUAUCGAAAACAUGGGACUCAGCAUGUUUGCUUUUCAGGUUUUAUCAUCGUCCUACUUUUAUUAAUGUCGUAGAGUCCUUUUACACUGUUUCGGAUAACAGCAUGUCAAAGGAUCAAGUACGAAUGCUCCCAUUGAUUUAUUCGGUUAUUGCUGUUGGUGCAUUGUUCAGUAAGACUUAUUCCCCGGAGCAAGAUAAUAAACAGGUAGUGGAUUUUUUUCAGGAUGAAGGUCACAAGUACUUUGUUGAAGCGAAAUCUUUGCUUGAUCCUAUAAACUCUCAAGAUAUUGAAUCAUUACAAGCAAUAUUCAUGUUGACGAUUUUUUUACAAUGUAAUGCAAACCUUUCUUCUGGUUAUUCUUAUAUCGGACUUGCUUUAAGAAGCGCUAUCAAACACAAUUUCCACCGUAAGACAUCUCUCCAGAAUUUGAACGUUCUUCAACAAGAGACUAUUAAAAGACUUUUUUGGACAAUAUACAAGACCGAUAUUUAUAUGAAUUGUAUAUUAGGUCUCCCUAAUUCCCUCGAUGGAUCGUUGAUAGAUCAGGAAUUUCCCAUGGAUAUCGAUGAUGAUAAAAUUUUCUUUGAUAAAGUACUUCCGCAGCCUAAGGGAAAACUUAGCUCGGUUGGAAUGAAUAAUGAACAUACGAAAUUAAUUCUAAUAAUGAAUCACACUCAUAAUAUUCUUUAUCCGAUGUCAUUGGAAGUUACAUCUAUUUCUCAUAAAGAAAUAAAUAAGUUGGAAUCUCAACUUUCCAAUUGGUUAACAUGUUUACCUUACCAGUUAAAACCAAAUUUUGUACCAACUAAUGAACAAGAAGGAACGUAUUUGAAGCCCAAUCGUUACCUUCACCUUGAUUUUCUGCAUGCCAAGAUUAUGAUAUAUCGACCAUUCAUUCAUUAUAUUGUGUUGGAAGUCGAAAAGUUUCCAAACUUUGAGUUCCAAAUUCAUAUGGCAGAUAAAUGCAUCAAUACUGCUAGAAAGGUAAUUCGCUUAGCUGUGGAAAUGGAUGAGCAGAAACUUUUGAAUGCUGUUUAUUGGUUUUCAAUUCAUACAAUCUUCUUCAGCGUUGCUUGCCUACUUUACUUUUUGCAUCAGACGAAGCUUAAACAAUCCACAGUUCCUGAUUCUCAAAUUGAGAAAGACUGUCGAGAUGGAUUUAAUCUUUUGCUAAGAUUAAAAAAUGUUUCUCAUGCUUCUAGUAAAACCUUUGAAGUUUUGAAUUCGUUAUUCGAAAAGCUUAAUCAAAAGAGUGUAGAUUUAUCAGAUAAAGUCCUAAAAAAUAUUAUCGCCAAGCAGCAACAACAUGAAUACGAACAAUUCAGUAAAUUAUCUGAUCUUUUUAUUGAUAAUGAUAUAGAGGAUGUGGUGUUUGAAGAACAAGAACCCGUUUACUCGACUACUGAUACAGUUGGUACUGAUUCAGUUGAAGUCGACAAUGAUUUUAUAAAUAAAAUUUUAAGUCAGUUUUGUAAUGACAUUAUUUAA